AUGGCAGCUUUCAAUUUCACCCUCUCUGACCCUUCAACAUUCAUCCUAAUGGGCAUCCCUGGCCUGGAAGCUGCUUACAUUUGGAUAUCCAUCCCUUUCUCUAUGUUCUACAUUAUCAGCCUGUUGGGAAAUUUCAUGGUUCUGUUUGUUGUAGGCAAAGAGCAGACGUUGCACAAACCGAUGUACCUGCUGCUUUGCAUGCUGGCACUCACAGACAUCAUCACGUCUACCUCCGUCACGCCAAAGGCACUGUGUAUAUUUUGGUUCAAUUUUAAAGGGAUUACGGUGCAUGGUUGCCUCACCCAGAUGUUCUUCCUUCACGCGGUUUCUGCUAUGCACUCAGCCAUCCUUGUGACAAUGGCCUUUGAUCGCUAUCUUGCCAUAUGUAACCCUCUGAGAUACGCCACCAUCCUCACCAACAUACGAAUAGCUAAGCUAGGGCUCAUGUGUUUGAUAAGAGCUGUUCUCUUCGUUCUGCCCACGCCCCUGCUCCUGAGCAGGCUUCCAUUCUGUGCCAACCACAUCAUCCCCCACACAUACUGCGAACCUAUAGCUGUGGCAAAGAUAUCAUGUGGGGACAUCACAGUCUAUAGGAUCCAUGGCUUGGUGAUAGCACUUAUAGUCAUCGGGUUAGACUUGACGCUCAUUGCCCUAUCCUACAGUCUGAUCAUGAGGGCUGUCCUCAGAAUCUCCUCCAAGAAAGCUCACCAGAAAGCCCUCAACACCUGCACAGCCCACAUCUGUGUGAUGCUAUUGUCUUAUACUCCCUUCCUCUUCUCCAACCUGACACACCGAUUCGGUCAGGGAAUUGCUCCCCACAUUCAGAUCAUCAUGGCCAACCUCUAUUUCCUCAUCCCCCCCAUGCUCAACCCUAUCAUUUAUGCGGUGAAAACCAAAGAGCUUCGUGACAAAGUGGGCAAAUACACCUGCAGAAUGUGA